CGUGGGUGCUCUCAGCAGAAGUAUUGAACAUUUUGCUUGGGCAUAGUGCGGUAGGCAUGAGGCAGAGGUGGAGCCUUCUUUCUCUUUCGAUUUUCGGCCUGGUGCUGCAUUUAUCCCUUCGUGCAAGCUUUGUUCCAUGCAGAUAUUUGCGGGCAGCCCCAAUUCCUAGGGUGCGUCGCCACGCACAAGAUUUGGAUGGCAGGAAUGUGAAGAAAGAAUACACGGUGAACGAAGAGAUCCGUGCCAAUGAAGUACGGGUUGUUGGCAUUGCCUCUGGUGAAAGGGGCCAAAUGCAGGAGACCAAUCAGAUUAUGUCCAUUUCUGGAGCACUUGACAUGGCAAGAGAAUUGGGCGUGGAUGUGAUCCUCAUCAAUGAGGACCAGGACCCACCACUGGUCAAGAUAGCAAGCGUGGGAAAGUAUAUCUAUCAGGAAAACAAGAAGAAAAAGGAGCAGGCGAAGAACAAGCAGCCAAAGAUGAAAGAGGUGAAGAUCAGCUACACAAUCGGCGACCAUGACCUUUACACAAGGUUGACUCAGAUUGAGAAGUGGGUAGAGAAUCCUCGUCAGCAGGUAAAGGUCCAAGUCGUUCUCAAGGGCAGAUCUCGAAUGUUUGAAAAGCAAGCCAGGCAGCUCUUGGAUCGGGUUCGCCGGGAGGUAGCAGCCUAUGCGAAGGUCCCUGGAAUAGACAAGGGCAACGAUCCCGUGACCAAGGAUGGAAGAGGUGAUUUGAUCAUGCUUCUGGGCCAGGGUCCAGACAGAGCACUCCUCAAGCAGAUUAUCGAGGAGGCUGGCGGCAAGAAGGCCGUCCAGAAGGGAGCACUCGAGGAAGAGGAAGUGGAAGAAGAGGAAGAGGAAGAAGAGGAAGCACCGGCAGACGAGGAUGAUGAAGUCAAAGCCAUUGAGGCAGAGAUGAAGGAAAUGCGGGAGGAGCUGAUCGAGUGUGGCAUCAGCCCUGGCCAAGUGAACCAGGAACCUGAGAUGCAGGACUUGCUAAAGCGCUUGAAUGCCGCAAAGGCCAAAGUCGGUGCUUAGACUCGCGCUGGGAUCCACUCGAAUCUCCCUUUCAAUUUGGUUCCUGAGUCACUUGAGUCACUUGAGUCACUUGAGUCAUUUGAGUAUUUGUUUGCAACAUGUUCCACCUUUCCCCUGGAGCAGAAUGCCACUUGAGCUCUUUGCUGCAUUUUUUGGACUGUCUUUAACAUCAGGCAGACGGUAG